AUGAAUGCGACGACACCGGCAUUGAUCCCACCCUUCCGGUUCAGCACUGUGCAGCAGGGUUUGUAUCGUGGAUCGUACCCGACACUCAAGAACUUUCGAUUCUUGCGUCGCUUAAAUCUGAAAACGGUGGUGUCGGUGAUCCCGGAAUUGCCCACGAGCGACUUGGUAGAGUUUUGCAUGAAUGAGAAGAUCACAUUACUGCAUUUCUACGCCGAGAAGUUCACAUCCGACAAUGUAACGGUGCCACCUGCUACGGCAGCGAAAAUUGUGGAGAUAGUAGUGCAGCAGAAGAACCUUCCACUGUAUAUUCACUGUCUAGAUGGGGCCAAUGUGACGGGUAUUGUCGUCAUGAUCCUCCGUAAGCUUCAGAACUGGACCAAGUUGGCCACAGUUUCAGAGUUUUGCAGGUUCACACGGGACCAUGGUAUUGAAAAAGACGAGUCCGAGUACUUGGCUGUCUUUUCCGAAGAGAUCGUGGUCACAGCCGAUGUCCCAGCGUGGCUAUGGAAUGGCGUAUGCGUGACAAAACACCCGACAAUGAUCGUGCAUCAGCCUGAUUUAGAGCUCGCAGGUGCCAACAUGCUGGAUGCUGCAGGAAACUCGAAUAAUGGCACGCCGAACCUCAAGUGGGAGACAAAAGUCGAUAAAACCGAGGCUAUUCUGCGUCAAUUUGAGGAAGCCAGUCGCAACCGAAUUGGAGAAGUAACCGAAGGAAGCGACGAGGUGGAGACGAUUAUCGAAGAAGCACUGCAGGACCUUCCGCUUACUCGGUCGCUCGAAGCGUUGGAUCUAGCAGGAGUGUAA